AUGGAGGAAUCAUCAGAAGAACUGAGAACAGGUAGAAUCUCGUUUUCCACUCAACAUCCAUUGACAUGUAAGAAUGGAAUACUGGAGACGAUGGGUUCCUACAAAGCUCUAGAGCACUUGGACAAGGAGAAAUCAUAUUCCUCUUCUUGUUAUCAUCCCCUAGAGAUUCCAAAAGGCCCCUAUCACGCCAUGGAGUUCUUAUCUCGUUCAUGGAGCCCUUCUGCAUCGGACUUCUUCCAUAUAUUCCCAUCCAAUAACUUGUUGUUACCUCUUCAGGACAAUGGAAAGGAAGAUGACCAUAAUGAGAGACUAGAAAUAGAAGCAGCAGAAAGGAUCUCAACUCAAGGGAACAAAGAUACUGUCAAGAGAGUGGAAAGAAUUUGGACAUGGCUUGCAGUUGAAAGGCCCCUCUCAUGGUUCCUUCAAAGACAAAGAUCAAUAAAGAACAGCUGGGGAGGAUGGUUAGGGUGCAGAGAGAAGAAGAAAGAGGAAGUCCGACUGCGGACAGCCAAAAUCCACGCAGCACUCUCUGUUGCGCGGUUGGCUGCAGCAGUUGCUGGAUUUACAGCUGAUGGCAGCUUUGAACCACUAGAUAUCAACCAUCUUUCUAGCAAAGGUGGAGCAUGGAACAAGAAGAUGGAUAUGGUUGUUGCUUCAGCUGCGGCAUUGGUAGCAACUGUAUGUGCUGAGGCUGCAGAGUCUGCAGGCGCCCACAGAGCCCACAUUGCAUCCGCCAUUAACUCUGGCCUGGCCACUCGAACUUCUGCUGAUAUGAUGACACUCACUGCAACUGCUGCAACAUGUCUAAGAGGAGCUGCAGCGCUUAAAUCAAGAGCUACAGCUGAUACAUGCUUCUCAAGGGAGAAAGAAAUGAUUGCCCGAGGGACCCAACUAUCGGUAUGCACAUCGUCUGGGCGUACACAAUUUAGGUUAGUAUGCAUCUACAUCAAGAACAAUAAGCUCAUCCUGAGACUGGGAAAGAAAUGCCUAGGAGGAUUUCUAACAACUUCUAAGGAGUGUAAGAUCUCUUCACCUUUAUAG